AUGUCUAAUAAUAUUGUUCCAGGUGUUAUUAUUUUGGGUUCUGUUACUCCCGCCCAAGCAAAGAUACUUUCACCAGAAGCAGUUCAAUUUGUGGCGACACUUCACCGUGCCUUUAACCCAACAAGAAAGUCUUUGCUGCAGGCUCGUGUAUUGCGUCAGCAAGCUAUUGACAACGGUCAAUUACCUGAUUUUUUACCAGAGACUGCAGAAAUACGUGAGAAUGAUACCUGGCGUGGAGCACACCCUGCACCAGGCUUGAUUGAUAGACGCGUUGAAAUAACUGGUCCUGUAGAUAGGAAAAUGGUUAUCAAUGCUUUAAAUUGCGGAGCUUACACCUAUAUGGCAGAUUUCGAAGAUUCGAAUGCGCCAACCUGGGAGAAUAAUAUUGAUGGACAAGUAAAUUUACGUGAUGCAAAUUAUCGUACUAUUACUUAUACUAAUCCUGCCACUGGCAAGAAUUAUACGUUACGUAAAGAUGGAAAAAUUGCCACCCUUCUUGUUAGGCCACGUGGAUGGCACUUGGAGGAAGCUCAUGUUUCAGUCGAUGGCGAACCUAUUUCUGCUUCUAUCUUCGAUUUUGGUUUAUACUUUUUCCAUAAUGCCAAGAAAACAGUCGAAAUAGGAAUUGGACCAUACUUCUAUCUCCCAAAAAUAGAAUCACAUUUAGAAGCUAGGCUUUGGAAUGACAUCUUCAACGUCGCUCAAGAUCUUAUAGGUCUACCACGAGGCACCAUCCGUGCAACUGUUUUAAUUGAGACUAUAUUGGCCGCUUUCGAGAUGGACGAAAUUAUUUACGAACUCCGAGAGCAUUCAUCUGGACUCAAUUGUGGGAGAUGGGAUUACAUUUUCUCUGUGAUCAAAAAAUUCCGCCACAACAAAAAUUUCGUUCUCCCUAACCGCAGUGACGUCACCAUGACUGUUCCCUUCAUGGAUGCGUAUGUUCGCCUUUUGAUAAAGACUUGUCAUCGUCGCGGCGUUCACGCAAUGGGUGGCAUGGCAGCUCAAAUUCCAAUAAAAAAUGAUGCUCAAGCGAAUAAAGCUGCUUUAGACAAAGUGCGAGCGGACAAGCUACGUGAAGUUAAAGCUGGUCACGAUGGUACAUGGGUUGCACACCCUGAUCUCGUAAAAAUUGCUUUGGACAUUUUCAAUGAAAACCUUAAAACACCAAAUCAAAUUUUCGUACGUCGUGAAGAUGUUAAAGUCACCGCAUUGGAUUUAUUAAACACGAAUGUGCCUGGUAGUAUAACCGAAUCUGGGAUUCGUGGUAAUAUAUCUGUUGGUCUUACUUAUAUUGAAUCAUGGCUUCGAGGACUCGGUUGUGUACCAAUUCAUAACCUCAUGGAAGAUGCAGCCACCGCAGAAAUAUCACGAUCGCAACUCUGGCAAUGGGCCAAACAUCACGCCCGUACCACCGAUAAUAAAAUCGUCACACCAGAAUAUCUUCUCAAACUUCUUGACGAAGAAGUUGCAAGUAUCGAGAAAGGACUGGGACCCGGAAAAUUCAAUGCUACAAAAUAUCCACAAGCUAAACGAUACCUGGCGUCGCAAAUCACGGGCAAAGAUUAUGCCGAAUUUCUGACAACCCUUUUAUAUUCUGAAAUAAUUUCUACUCAAAGUAUUUGGCUCUUAUCCAGUGAUUUGGGUCAAGGAAUUGAAAUGGAAGAAUUAGCAGUUUAG